GCUGCGCUGCAGGCACCAUGGAGAACGGCUCGGGCAGCCAAAACCAGAGCCUGGGCAGGAUGCCCCGGCAGCCCCUGGAGCUGCAGGUGGUCACCAUCCUGCUGGUGCUGCUCAUCUGCGGCGUGGGCAUCGCGGGCAACGCCAUGGUGGUGCUGGUGGUGCUGCGCACCAAGCACAUGGUGACCCCCACCAAUUGCUACCUGGUGAGCCUGGCCCUGGCCGACCUCAUCGUGCUGCUGGCGGCCGGGCUGCCCAACAUCUCCGAAGUGGUGGCUUCCUGGGUGUACGGCUACGCCGGCUGCCUGUGCAUCACCUACCUGCAGUACCUGGGCAUCAACAUCUCCGCCUGGUCCAUCGCUGCCUUCACGGUGGAGCGGUACAUCGCCAUCUGCCACGCCAUCAAGGCGCAGCUCCUGUGCACCGUGUCCCGCGCCAGGCGCAUCAUCGCCUCGCUGUGGCUCUUCACCUCGCUCUAUUGCCUCAUGUGGUUCUUCCUGGUGGACACCACCCAGGUCACCUUCUCGGAUGGGGCGCAGGUCAUCUGCGGCUACCGGGUCUCCAGAAGCCUUUACAUGCCCAUUUACUUCUUGGAUUUUGCCGUCUUCUAUGUGCUCCCGCUGGGGCUGGCAACUGUGCUCUACGGCCUCAUUGCCCGCAUCCUGUUCGUGAGCCCCCUGGCCGGCACCCCGCAGCACCCCUGCCUGGGCUCCCUGCACCAGGGCAGCUCCCUCGAGCUCUCCGGCCGGGGCAGCAGGGGUGCGCUGAGCUCCCGCAGGCAGGUGACCAAGAUGCUGGCCGUGGUGGUGGCUCUGUUCGCCGUGCUGUGGCUGCCGUACCGCACGCUGGUGGUGGUGAACUCCUUCGUGGACCCUCCCUACCUGAACACCUGGUUCCUCCUCUUCUGCCGCCUGUGCAUCUACCUGAACAGCGCCAUCAACCCCAUCAUCUACAACCUCAUGUCCCAGAAGUUCAGGGCUGCCUUUAGGAAGUUGUACAAGUGCCAGGAGAAGAGUGCUGGGCACCCUGCCCCGUCCAUCGCCCCGGUGUACUACAGCGCUGUCAAGGAUUGUUCUCACAACAGCUCUGACCACAACCUCACCGAGCAGGAGGAUCUGAGCAGGCUCCCUGCACCUGCAAGGGAGAAUAAACAAAUCCUGUGAGCCUGAAACAAUGCAGGCAGUGGGAUCUCUGAGGCUGUACUCGCUGUGCUGGGAGAGUGCCAAGAAGAAUUGCUUUGGUGUUGCAGCAAGCUUCAUUCAAUAUUUCUUCAGGGCAUUUAACAAAACAUAUUGUUAUAGGCAAAUGAAUUUGCUUUUCCUUAGCUCUAAUUUAUUCUUAUUUGGUGAAGUGUUAAGUACAUGUCAAUAUUUAGCAUCUCCAAAGCAUCUGUUGUUAAAUAUAGCAGUGUCACCCCAUUUUGUGUUAUGUGCAAGUGCUGAGUUGGGCCAAAGCAUUGAAAGGAAUCCCAGGAACAGAAAGACAUUCAAGGAAAAAAUACACCUCUUUUUAGAGUGGGUGUCUCCUACCCAAAUGGACAUGCCUGUAACACAGACACCCCAUGGAAGCUGCUCCUCUGGAGACCUUUUGAAGUUAAUGGGAACAAUUAAGCACUGCCCGUGUCUCCUCUCAUCUCUGCAUUCUCCUGUGAGGAAUACACAUCCCUACAGAGGAGAUUAAUGCCUCCAAGAUACGAGGCCAUUGACUGUAAAGGGACUCUCAGGGGAAGACUCCUACAUUAGGAAUAACCAAAGUUGGGUGUCAUGAGCUUCCUGUCAUGUUUCUGGAAACGCUGCAGUGCUGGUAGCAACCCAAGGUGCAGACCAGAUGGAUUUGCUACAAUGAACUAAUAACCAACAAACUAAUAAUGAGUGUUCCCUAAUGUAACAGAAGUACUUCCAACGUCGUGGUCUGAGUUUCUUUUGGAUAACUUUACCUUUCCUGUCCAAAUUCCUCUCCUUGCUGGAAGUUGUACUCUUGUACAAUGUGGUGUAGUCAUGUACCACAGAGCAGUGUUGCUCUCUGCCCCAGCUAGGUGCGUUUCAAUGGCAGGUGAAGAAAUUCUCUUAUUUCCUGGGAAUAACUUGUGAAGUCCAUUAAGUGUUUUGUGACUAUUGACACAAAUAUUUAUUGCUGCUGUCAUCUUGUAAGCAAAGUAGAUAUUCAUACCUUGCAGCAGCUAGGAGACCAGCCCAAGGACACUUGCCCCAGACUUGCAAGAGACUGUCUGGACUAUGAGUAAAAUCAGAAAGAUUAUACAUGAGCCAAACCCUAGGGCUCUUGCCAAAUAAAACAAGUGUCUGCCACCAGUAAACCUCAAGUGACUGUGAAGUAUUAUUUGAACAGCCAAUGCAGCCUCACUAGUCAACACUGGCUUUCACCAAACUAUUGUGUUAAAGAGUUUAGAAUUUUGCAUUCACUCUGUAUGGAUAUUUGUGUGUGGUAUUUUCAAGGGCACAAGAUGUUAAUUAACCAUUCUACAUCUACAGGAAAUCACUUUGCUGGAUGAGUCAGAACAAGAGCUCAAGUCCCGUCAGCGUGUUGGAACUGUCCAGGACAUACUUUGUUGUGUGUAGGGAGGUUUUGCAUGUAUGAUUAUUAUAUUGCAUGAUAUUAAACCAUCUAUGUUGCCCCUAAAAUGGACAUAGGAUGAGGGAAGAGAAUAUUGGCUUUCUGUUAUUAUUUUAAACAUAAUGCAUUUGGAAUUUAAGGAUUCAUGCUAAUUUUGGAGUGUUUUGUGUAUAUUGUAUAAUGUGAUUUUAGGAACAGAGUUCCUAUUUAUUGUUGUUAAGAAAGUUGUGCACAGAGAUUUGGGAUUUACUUCUUGAAGAAAAUGGAGGUGUUUUUGCUAACAUGUGAGGAUUUGCUUGUAACAAUCUUUUUUAUUGUACAGACAUUUUUCCCCCCCUUACAACAGAUUUUUUCCUUAGCAGCUCAGAACAAGCCAUUGAUAAAAGCAUGUGCAGACAAACCAGAGCAGCAAGGAUCAGGGUGAGGUGGAGCAGGGGGAAGGGGAUCCCUGGUCCUCCCUGGGCCUUGAGCACAGGCACCAUCUUCUCAAGGAUGGGCUGUGCUGUGUCCUCCAGCCCUUCACCCUGAGGCUGUGAGCUGAAAUGUGGGAGGAGGAUUUACUGCCUGGGCUUGGAAACCUGCAUCCUCACCUAAGGCACUCCUCAGGCAUGGCAUGUGCAGUCUGACAGACAGCCUUGAUCUCCGUGAACACAAGGAGCACCUGAAUUCUGAAGUAUCUCCAGCAGGAUGUUUUCCACCUCCUCAUCACAUUUCCUAUCUUUACUCUUCCCCUUUCUGCUUCUCUCCCAGAUGGAGACACCUUAAAAGCAUUAUUUUCUUAUUUAAAUUUCACCCUCAGGGCAACAGCUAAUUGAUAGUUCUGAAAUAUUUGCUCAACAUACUUGAGAUUCAAUUAAAACCUGGUUCUCUUCUCCCUUUCUGCUCUUAGCUGCUAAGUACUGCAUGACCCUUUGCUAUUUUUGAGAAGUAAUUGCCAGAUAAAUUCUCCUGGAGCCAUGAGAUCUCCAACAAAUGCACCAGAGCAUUAAACUCUGUAGAUGAGGAAUGAGUUCCUGGUCCUUCCCCCUUCAUGUAUUCUGACAUUUUAGGAGGAGCUGAGAGACUUUCAGGUGGAAGUGGAGGCAGAAGGUCAGCACUCAGCUUGCUGAGGAGAUGCUGGUUGAGAGAUGCAUGCUGCUGGGAAAUAAAUCACAAGCAGAAAGGAAUUAAAAGAAAUAACUCAUCACUGUAAUUUCCUUUGGAUGUUCAGGGUCUGAAUAAAAACCUUAAUUCCUUGUAAGAAAUCAGAGAGCUCCCUUGAAGUUUCAGCCUGUAUUACCUCGUACCUUGCAACAUCCCACCCUGCUCAUAAAGUCUCAAGCUGUAGUUUACCCUCAGCAUUUAUUUGUAUCAACAGCAUGAGUGUGGGCUGGGAGUUUAUAAACAUGCCAGUAAAUAAAGAAUCUAUUGCUCCUAAGUAAUCUAUCACAUUAAAGUGCAA